GGACAAACCCGCAGUAUGGGUCUGUCGCAUGCACAGAGUGUUGAUUCUCCCUGCACCGAACGCUACUCUCAGCCUCGCAACCGACUGGGCCCGGCACUGCUUUCGCUACAGUGUAGCACUGCAUCGGCCGAGUGCCUUAGCGGCGUAAUAUCGCUUCCUUAUGGUCAGGGGAGCUGUGGCUUGUUAUGGCUUUGCCAUGCUUGGUCUUCACAGGAGCCUUGCUUCAAGUUGUCUGUGAAACUCCAGUAAACAAGACUCUUCUGCUGGUUUCCAAUGAUAAUGGUGGAGAGGCCCUGCCAAGAAAUGGAACCUGUUUCAACAGCACUUGGUGUCCCCCAGGGUGCUAUCUGCAAAUUUUGGAGAAUGGCUCAGCUUUGUGUGUGCAGUGUGACUCUGUGGCCUUCAGACAUGAAAACUUAACCACCUGCAACUACUCACACAUUCUGCCAGAAGUCAACCUAACCAUGUUAGCGACCGUUGGGCCCAAAAUCGGUGGCCCUGGGGUUGCGGCCUCCCUCCUCUUGGGAACCCUGCUGCUCAGUUUGCUCCUCAUCCUGUCUGUUGCCUCCUUCUUCUACCUCAAACGCUCCAACCGACUCCCUGGCCUUUUCUAUAGACGCAAUAAAGCUUUUAUAUUCCAACCAAGUGAGACAGCUGUCAUGAUACCUAGCCCUGCAUCAUCUGGGCGCAAACCUAGAUACGUCAGAAGAGAGAGGCCCUCUGUGACGACGGCAUCAACUGCUGUCACCAUCUCUACGACAGCCAUAACCAAGGUCAGCAAUGUAUGAGGAGCAACUCAUGAACAAGCCGAAAUUGGUGCCAAAAGAGUGACCAUUUUCUGUGAUGGAGAAUUGACUGAGCCAGUGGUCUUGGAGGUGCUUCAAGUGGUGGUCACGACCAGUGGUGGUCGUUCACUAGUUCGUUUUAAUGACGUCUUUGUAAUUUUUCUGCAUUCUGGCCAAUAAUACCUGCUUGGAGAAAGGCUCUUUUUUGCUUCUGUACCUCGGUAGACCGAUAUUCCUGUUCAUUUUUGAUAUAUAGCCAAAUAUGAAUUAUGUGAUUAUGCUGGUUGAAGACUCGGUGCCAAAUUUUUGUUUGUGAAGCUUUCUGUGGCUUAUUGAUUUAGUAAACAUUAAGAAAAAUAUUUUCCAUCAGUAAAAAUGUGCAAUUGUUCAGAGAAAACAGUUUAUUGGUGGUCAAGGACCAAGCACAAUUAGGUUGACUGAGGUGAGUUGUGCCUUCUGAUCUUUGUAGCACUCUCUCUAAAACUCUUUUUUUACAUUUAGGGUUUUCUAAUUUUGCAUUUCUGCUUUGUUUUUAUUUGUUUUUGGCAUUUUUUAAAAAUAUGUUGUUUUGAGCCAUGAACCAAAUUGAACAUUGUAAUUACAUGUUUUUCCUCUAGAACCCAUAAAAUUUUAACAUUAAUGGGUUAAAUAAAGUUAAACAAAAUUGUCUUCAUGUUGAAUAAUUGCUAAAAGUAUUGCAGGGCUUCGGUUACAUUGUGUAUUUUGCUCAACGUAAAUAUCUAAUGAAAUUUCCCUCUCUAUUCCAGCUAUGGAUGUGCAUAAAUGUGCUGAGUUUGUAAAAUAUGAUACACGUGUAAAUACAAAGUAAUAUAUGUAUUAGUAUACAAAAUCCCAGCAGUUUUCCUUUGUUUUAAGUAAUCAGUUUAUUCCCUUCUAGAGGAACAUUUGUACUUUUCAGUGAUGUAUUUAUUAAAGAACAUACUGUAUGUUAAUGCUGUAAAGUUGAAGGUUGUGGAUUGUGUCCCUUGCAGCUUUGUGUUUUGCUUGUAAUCAUGUUCCACAGGAAUGUUCUUAUUGGCAGAUAUAUUUGUCAUUCUUUGCCAAAGAAAAUCAUUGCACAUGAAAUGAAUGUCUCUUAGUGCCUAGUUAAAAGGAUUCUGGUGAUAGAGCCGACCAGCCUGUGGUUUAACUAGUUGUGACUAGUCUCCAAGGAUGUGAAUAGUUUUGUAUGCUUUUUGUGUAUUAAAUUAAACAUUUUCAAAAACCUAAAAUGGUAUUUCAUAAUAAUUGUGACUAUUGUACACCUGAUGUCUAAUUCAUGGAGAGUAAUUGUGAAGCAGUUGAACAGAUGCAGAAGACAAAUGUAGAUAUUUACAGUUCAAACUGAGCAGUUGUCACAAUAAUGAACUGAAGAAACAGAUCCAGGCUUGAAGUCGAAGCACAUUAAUUUAUUUCAUGUUUGUAAUAUAUCAGCUGCAGCAACAUGUACAUUUGUAUAUAGUUUUUCUACAAAAAUGUACGGACUUUGUAUGAGAAAUGUUCGUGUACAAAUAUGUAAAAAGUCUUGGUUGUAUGAGUUUAUAUAAUUUAACAGUCGAAGGAAGUUCUUUCAAAUAAAUUGACAUUUGUAUAUGAA